AUGGACAAGAGGAAUUACACAGCUGUGACUGAGUUCUUCCUGGUUGGGCUUUCUCAUUAUCCAGGUCUCCAAAUGUUUCUUUAUGCCAUCUGCCUGGUGAUGUACUUGGUGAUUUUGUUGGGAAACAGCAUGCUCAUUAUCAUCAGCAUCCUGGAUCCCCGCCUUCACACACCUAUGUACUUUUUCCUUGGAAACCUCUCCUUCUUGGAUAUCUGUUACACAUCCUCCUCUAUCCCUCAAAUGCUGGUGAUUGUUAUGUCAGAGAGGAAAUCCAUUUCUUUCAUUGGUUGUGCACUACAGAUGAUACUUUCUCUUGGAUUGGGGUGUACAGAAUGCAUUCUCUUGGCAGUAAUGGCUUUUGACCGAUAUAUUGCCAUCUGUAAUCCCUUGAGAUAUACAAUAAUAAUGAAUAAUGGACUUUGUAUUCAAAUGGCAGCUUGGACCUGGAUAAUAGGGUGUUUAAACACUCUGCUACCCUCUGUGCUUGCCCUGAUAAAACCUUUCUGUGGAAACACCAUUGAUCACCUUACCUGUGAAAUCUUGGCUCUGCUCAAACUUAUCUGUGGAGACAUCUCCAUUAAUGUGUUACUUCUAACAGUUGGCAGUAUUCUCUACUUACUCACUCCUCUGCUACUCAUUUUCUUUUCUUAUGUCUUCAUCCUCUCUACUAUCCUGAGGAUCAACUCUAGUGAAGGGAGGAAGAAAGCCUUUUCCACCUGUUCAGCCCAUCUGACUGUAGUGAUCUUAUUCUAUGGUUCAGCUCUUUUCAUGUACAUAAAGCCCAAGUCUAAGGAUACCAAGGUUUUUGAUGAAAUUUUUGGAUUGUCCUAUGGAGUCAUCACCCCAAUGUUGAAUCCCAUUAUCUACAGUCUGAGAAACAAAGAAGUAAAAGAUGCUGUGGAAAAAUUCCUACUGAAAAACCUUUACUUAAAGUGA